UCUUCGGUAUAUCCCUGGUGUCUACAAUCAUGCAUAUUUUAAUUUAUUGUAUGAAUUAACAAAUUCUGCAGUGGGACAUUGCCCUAAGGUUCUGUCUUAUAAAAGGGACAGAAAAACAUAUAGCCUGCUCUGCUGUUGGCUCCUUAGCUUCUCCAUGGCUAAUAGGAAUGGUAUUUUUUAUGAGUUAAUCAAAGCUGUAGUCGUGAGUUAGAAGGUACAUGUAAAGGCAAAUAUGUGGAGAUUGAGUUGCUUUGGAGGGGUGCAGUUAUCUGAAAACAUGGAACAAAUCAGUGGGAGUCUAAAUAGCACCCACAUAUAUGGCCCUCUUUUUAAACAUACCUCCUUUAUGAGUGGAUACUUUAACAGCCUAGUUUCCAGUAUAACUUUGCAAAACAAGAGAAAGGAAUUUUAAAGGCUGUCAGGUGCUAUUGCAAUCUGUGGCUUAGUAUUUGUAUAACAACAUUUGUGUUUUGCCAACAGAUGUACUGCUUAAAGUACACAUGAGGAUGGCCUCUUGUGUUCUGCUUGCCUAGAUGGAAUGUUAGGAACUGAUUAUUGAGAAGAGGCUGACACUACCCACCUCAGCUCCCAGGCUUCAGGGCCUUGGCCACUACUCCUUUGGGCCCUCACUGACCCCUGCAGCCAUCUUUUGCAACCUCUGUAGCCUGAAGGGACAACCGCUUUCUGGCAUGUUGCUCUUUCCUUGAUGGCUUAUGAGCUGCUUGAGCACUGAAGCAUGUGUGACUCCCUCACCCCUUCCCCUGUAUAGCAUAGCACCCCUAACAGUAUACAUAAGGAGCAGCAGUGAGCAAUUGAUGCCGCCUCUCCUGGAUCUCCAAGAGAAUGGGAACAGCCAGGGUUUCUGGAUUCACUCACGUGGAAUCUGGUCGUUGGUGUCUAAGUGUGCCUGUUACUUGUGCCCAAUGUCCAGGUUCACUCAGGAGGCUUAGCCUCCUCCUUUGCCUGCUAGGUAGCUAUACUUUGGGAGAGUGUUUUUUUAUGCUGUAGCUGAUUGAACUUUCUGGGUCUCAGCAAUUCAAACAAUGUUUUGUUUUUCUUCUGGUCAGGUUACAAAGGAAAGAAAAGGAAUCUGGUGUUGUAGGAGGUGAUGUGUUGUGUCAUUACUUGUUUUUUUAAGCUUUUUUUAUAUUUUUGCAAUGAGGCAGGUUUUCUUUGAAUAAAUAAUGCUGGGAACUUAUCACAUAGAAAGCAUAUGUGUUGUACUCACUACAUUCUGAAUUAUCUGGUUUUAUUUUUGUUUCUUGAAUUCACUUAUAAACAAUUCAGAGACUGCUUUUUUAGCUAACAGAAAUAGGAAGAGAAUCUAUUUUGUUGUUUUUUCAAUGGGUUGAGUUAUAGUGAUUGUGAUAAAUUGGUAGAAAAGCAGUGUAGUAAGUAAACCUCACAUAUGGUAUAUCAUGAACAUUUUGUUGCUUUUUUUGGCUUGUGACCAUCUUCAUACCUUUUUUAUAUUAAAAGUCUCCCCAUUGUGUAUAUCUUAGUAAGAGGCAGGUGGACCCUAGCUUCUACCUAAGAAAACCUGAAGGCGGGGUUGGGGGCUUGUGGUGUGCUUCCUUCCCAUGCUGCCCAUGACCACUGCCGUGGCUUUGUAAGGAUCUAGGACCCCGGGCCCCUCAGUGGGUAUCUUCCAUUUCUCAAGAUUGCCUCAUGGUUGUGAGAUAGUGGUUGCUACUCUAACCAUUGCAUCCACUCCUCCAGGUAGGAAGAAGGUAGUCAUAGGGGAAAGGCAAAAUGGCACUUGGCAUCUUAAUUUCUAGGCCCAUUCAGCAAUUUCCAUUUCCAUCUUCACAUUCAUCAUCUUGUCCUAGGGAACAAGCAGCACCAGCAGCUAAAUAGCUGUAAUAGCAAUCAUUUAUUUCUCACACAUGGGUCUGUAUCAGCUGCAAGAUGGGAUUCAGAUCUGUUCUCCAGCCUGUCGUUCCAGGACCCAGGAGGGAGAAGCAGCUGCCAGGGGAAGUCUCUUCGUAGGCGGAGGUCAGGAGUCCAAGAGGAGUGAGCAGAGACACAGAAGCCUCUUAAAGCCUCUUCUUCCCCAUCCCAUCAACACGGAAGAAAAGUCAGAAGACCAGGAUCUCCAGGGCCUCAAGGACAAGCCCCUCAAGUUCAAAAAGGUGAAGAAAGAUAAGAAAGAAGACAAAGAGGGCAAGCAUGAGCCCGUGCAGCCACCAGCGCACCACUCUGCCGAGCCCGCAGAGGCAGGCAAAGCGGAGACGUCAGAAGGGUCGGGCUCCGCCCCAGCCGUGCCAGAAGCUUCUGCCUCCCCCAAACAGCGGCGCUCCAUCAUCCGUGACCGGGGACCCAUGUAUGAUGACCCCACCCUACCUGAAGGCUGGACACGGAAGCUUAAGCAAAGGAAAUCUGGCCGCUCUGCUGGGAAGUAUGAUGUGUAUUUGAUUAAUCCCCAGGGAAAAGCCUUUCGCUCUAAAGUGGAAUUGAUUGCAUACUUCGAAAAGGUAGGCGACACAUCCCUGGACCCUAAUGAUUUUGACUUCACGGUAACUGGGAGAGGGAGCCCCUCCCGGCGAGAGCAGAAACCACCUAAGAAGCCCAAAUCUCCCAAAGCUCCAGGAACUGGCAGAGGCCGGGGACGCCCCAAAGGGAGCGGCACCACGAGACCCAAGGCGGCCACGUCAGAGGGUGUGCAGGUGAAAAGGGUCCUGGAGAAAAGCCCUGGGAAGCUCCUCGUCAAGAUGCCUUUCCAAACUUCACCAGGGGGCAAGGCUGAGGGAGGUGGGGCCACCACAUCCACCCAGGUUAUGGUGAUCAAACGCCCCGGCAGGAAGCGAAAAGCCGAGGCCGACCCUCAGGCCAUUCCCAAGAAACGGGGCCGAAAGCCGGGGAGUGUGGUGGCAGCCGCUGCUGCCGAGGCCAAAAAGAAAGCCGUGAAGGAGUCUUCUAUCCGAUCUGUGCAGGAGACCGUACUCCCCAUCAAGAAGCGCAAGACCCGGGAGACGGUCAGCAUUGAGGUCAAGGAAGUGGUGAAGCCCCUGCUGGUGUCCACACUUGGUGAGAAGAGCGGGAAGGGACUGAAGACCUGUAAGAGCCCCGGGCGGAAAAGCAAGGAGAGCAGCCCCAAGGGCCGCAGCAGCAGCGCCUCCUCGCCCCCCAAGAAGGAGCACCACCACCAUCACCACCACUCAGAGUCCCCAAAGGCCCCCGUGCCACUGCUCCCACCCCUGCCCCCACCCCCACCUGAGCCCGAGAGCUCCGAGGACCCCACCAGCCCCCCUGAGCCCCAGGACUUGAGCAGCAGCGUCUGCAAAGAGGAGAAGAUGCCUAGAGGAGGCUCGCUGGAGAGCGACGGCUGCCCCAAGGAGCCAGCUAAGACUCAGCCCGCGGUCGCUACCGCCGCCACGGCCGCAGAAAAGUACAAACACCGAGGGGAGGGAGAGCGCAAAGACAUUGUUUCAUCCUCCAUGCCAAGGCCAAACAGAGAGGAGCCUGUGGACAGCCGGACGCCCGUGACCGAGAGAGUUAGCUGACUUUACGCAGAGCGGAUUGCAAAGCAAACCAACAAGAAUAAAGGCAGCUGUUGUCUCUUCUCCUUAUGGGUAGGGCUCUGACAAAGCUUCCCGAUUAACUGAAAUAAAAAAUAUUUUUUUUUCUUUCAGUAAA